AUGCUACCAGAGAAAUUCGCCAACACAGUAGUCGCACCCAACAGAAAUGUGACAGACACAUCUCCAACGCCAUCGGGCAGAAUGUCAGUCGAAGAUGCUGUCGUCACCUUUGACAGCCCGCAAGACCCCUAUGAUCCACGGAACUGGCCACUGAAGCGAAAGUUAUACACUACUCUGCUCUAUGGCCUUAGCACGAUGGGCUCGACAUUUUCCACGGCUUCAUUCUCAACAGGAAUCCACGAGAUGAUGAAGGAGUUCAAAAUUUCGGAAGAGGUGGCAAGUCUAGGGACGAGCUUGAUCUUGAUGGGUUUCGCAUUCGGACCCCUGAUCUGGGCCCCCGUCAGUGAGCUUUACGGACGGAAGCUUCCUAUGGCUGUGCCAUAUUUUGUAGCUGUCUGCUUUACCUUUGGCACUGCGGCUGCCAAGGAUACGCAGACACUGCUCAUCACACGGUUCUUUGCGGGCUUCUUUGGGAGUGCACCUUUGUGCAUCACUGGUGGCGUGCUUGCGGAUAUGUUCUCACCACAACAACGGGGGCUCGCCUUAACUGGUUAUGCCCUGGCUGUUAUCGGUGGGCCCGUGUUGGGCCCCAUUGUUGGUGGAGGUGUGAUGUAUGCUGGGUUGGGUUGGCGUUGGACGCAGCUCAUCACCAGCAUCAUCAUGGCCGUCAUGGUUGUCCUUGACUUCUCCUUCAUCAACGAAUCUUACUCCCCUAUUCUCCUUGUUCAUAAGGCCCGCCGACUUCGUCUGGAGACCAGAAACUGGUCAUACCACGCUCAGCAUGAGGAGCGGGAUGCUACAUUCAGAGAAAUGGUCACCAAAUUCGUGACAAGGCCGAUUCAGCUCUUGAUGACGCCUAUCUGCUUUUUCUCUGCUUUACAUGCAAGUUUUGUUUACGGCAUCGUCUAUCUGAAUCUUGGAUCCUUCCCAAGAAUCUUCCAGGGAGCCAGAGGGUGGAAUGCUCUGAUCGGCAGCCUCGCUUUUCUAUGCCUUUUCAUCGGCGCUUGCCUGGGCUCCCUUGUGAAUACCGUCUGUUCAAGAUGGUAUGUGGCUCGCCUCAAGGCCAACAACGGCUGCGGAACUCCCGAACAUCGUCUUCCUCCAAUGAUGAUAGGCUCAGUUUUCCUCAUGGCUGGUCUCUUCAUGAUUGGCAACACUGCCGAUCCCGACUCCUUCCCCUGGAUCGUGCCUAUGAUAGCCGCAACAAUGAUGGGUUUGGGUUUCUUUACCAUCUUUCAAUCAGUCAUAAGCUAUCAGAUAGACACGUUUCCGCAGUAUGCAGCGAGCGCUGUCGCUGCCAACACGUUUAUGCGUAGCAUGCUUGCCAGCAUCUUUCCGCCUAUAGUGCCAAAGAUGUACUCAGCGCUGGGUAUCAAGAAUGCCUCUAACCUGACUGGCUAUGUGGCAUUGGCAUUGCUUCCUAUCCCAUGGAUAUUCUUCUACUUUGGAGCAAGGAUUCGAGCAAAGGGUAGAUGGACCGCGAGGAGGACCUGA